CGCCGCGCCGCGCAGGCUCCGCUCCGCUCUUCUCUCCUCUUCUCUCCUCUCCCCUUCCCUUCCCGGCCCCGCCGCCGCCGCUCCGCUCCGCCGCGGGCCGGCAUGGGGCUGCUGUCGCAGGGCUCGCCGCUGAGCUGGGAGGAGACGCGGCGGCACGCGGAGCACGUGCGGAAGCACGGCAUCCUCCAGUUCCUCCACAUCUACCGCGCCCUGCGCGACCGCCACAAGGACGUCCUCAAGUGGGGCGACGAGGCUACGACAACUUUCAGCGCUUGGGACGGGCGGCCGUGAACCCGCUGAGCAGCCCCUCGGGAGGUGCGCUCCCGCGAGCCGUGAUGCCUGGCAGCGCUUGCUCAUUCCCGUCACUUCGUUUGUUUUCUCUGGAGCGAGGUCCGGUGAAAGCAUGUGCGCGUCUGAAUUCCAAGGUAGUGCCAAUUCGGCCUCGGAAUCUGGUUUUGGGAGGGAAGCGGGGACUGGCGGCGGGCAGGUGGGCUCAGCAGCGGCAGCCCUCUCGCCACGCACCAGCUCCCUCCGUGGUCCCUCCCGGCUUGCCCCGGUGGGAAGGGACCCGCCAAGCCUGGCUUUACCCCGAAGUCUUCCAGGCGUCCGGCGCAAGUCAGCCUGCCUUUUGAACAAGGGUGAGGAGGAUCGCUCCGGUCGUGACUUGAACUUUGUUACAGGUGCUUUGUGCCCAAGGACCGUAGCUUUAUCCGUAGGUCUCGUGUGCGUUGCUGUGCAAACCUGCGCUGGAUUGUGUCCCAGCUUGACGGCGCUCUGCGAGGAGCAGAGUCUCCCUCCUGUAUUGAUCCGUGGGAUUUCCCGAGGGUCUCGGCUUUCCCUGGAGACAGGGAGCAGCUUUGCAUGUGCUGCACUAGAAGCCAUCCUUUAUCAUGCUGUUUGGCACUUGGAGGUGUCUGUGAUGUGACUGCAGGGAAGUUGGAAGAGCAGAGUAGAAGGUGGAAUAUAUGUUAGUAAAAUUUGACCAUGAGAAUAAGAAAGUGCGCUUGGUGCUCUGCGGUGAAGAAGUUCUUCAAACACUGCAAGACAAGGGGGAGAAGGUAAACCCCAACCACCCAACACUCUGGCGACCAGAAUAUGGAAGCUACAUGAUAGAAGGGACGCCUGGGCAGCCGUAUGGGGGAACCAUGUCUGAAUUCAACACUGUGCAAGACAACAUGAGAAAAAGACGGCAAGAGGCCGCUUCUGUGCUCAAAGAAAAUGAGGCUGUUUGUACUGUGACGUCAUUUCCAAGCUUGGAUCUCAUUGUUGUGUUACAUAGGUUAGGGUGUCCUGGGUUUACGGUGCCGGAAUAUAAGCCAACGCCAGUAGAAGGAGGAGCUUCAAAAUCCCUUUUUUUCCCAGAUGAAGCCAUCAAUAAACAUCCUAGAUUUAGUACACUGACCAGAAACAUUCGGCACCGAAGAGGAGAGAAGGUUGUGAUAAAUGUACCAAUAUUUAAAGAUAAGAACACGCCAUCACCGUUUAUCGAAACGUUUCCUAAUGAUGAUGGAGAAGCAGCAAAGGCGGCUAAGCCAGACUAUAUAUACAUGGAUGCUAUGGGGUUUGGAAUGGGAAACUGCUGUCUUCAGGUAACAUUCCAGGCUUGCAGCAUUUCUGAAGCGAGGUAUCUCUAUGAUCAGCUAGCCACGAUCUGUCCCAUUGUGAUGGCGUUGAGUGCUGCGUCUCCAUUCUACAGAGGCUACGUGUCUGAUAUUGACUGUCGCUGGGGAGUAAUCUCUGCAUCUGUAGAUGAUCGAACGCGAGAAGAGAGGGGGCUAGAGCCACUGAAGAACAACCAUUAUAGAAUCAGUAAAUCCAGAUAUGAUUCCAUAGACAGUUAUCUAUCUGAAUGUGGUGAGAAAUACAAUGACAUUGAUUUGACAAUAGACAAAGAUAUCUACGAGCACCUAAUAAAGGAAGGUAUUGACCACCUUUUGGCACAGCAUAUUGCACACUUGUUCAUUCGAGACCCAUUGACGUUGUUUGAGGAGAAAAUACAUCUAGAUGAUGCAAAUGAAUCCGACCAUUUUGAGAAUAUUCAGUCUACAAACUGGCAGACAAUGAGGUUUAAGCCACCUCCUCCAAAUUCAGAUAUUGGAUGGAGAGUGGAAUUCAGACCUAUGGAGGUCCAGUUAACAGACUUUGAAAACUCUGCAUAUGUUGUGUUCGUGGUACUGCUAACCAGAGUGAUUCUGUCAUAUAAACUGGAUUUUCUCAUUCCUUUGUCCAAGGUGGAUGAAAACAUGAAGAUGGCCCAGAAAAGAGAUGCUGUCCGGCAGGGAAUGUUUUACUUCAGAAAAGAUAUUUGCAAAGGUGGAAACACUGUUGUGGAUGGAUGUGGCUCUGCACAGAAUGGGACAGGCACCGAUGCGGAAGAGUACACCUUAAUGAGUAUUGAUACAAUUAUCAAUGGGAAGGAAGGAGUCUUUCCUGGUUUGAUCCCAGUUUUGAAUUCCUAUCUUGAAAACAUGGAAGUGGAUGUGGACACAAGGUGCACCAUCCUAAACUACCUGAAGCUAAUAAAAAAGAGAGCAUCUGGAGAAUUAAUGACAGUUGCUCGGUGGAUGAGGGAAUUUAUCGCACAGCAUCCAGACUACAAGCAAGAUAGCAUGAUAACUGAUGAAAUGAAUUAUAGCCUUAUUUGGAAAUGCAACCAAAUCGCACAAGGCCAGGCAGAGUGUCCUGAACUAUUGGGGGUAGGAUUUAACAAGAAACAAAGUGGAAACAAAACUGGCUCUUUGUAAUGAAUGAAUGAAUGUUUCUUAUUAGUAGAAAGUCAAAGCCUUUUAGCAAAGCACUAGCAAAGAUACUGUGAAUCUGGUACAGUUUCAUGGUGUGAAGACCAAAACAGGGAUACUGCACUAUAAAAUGGGCCAAUCUGCCUAAAUAUUCAUUUAAGGCAUCCUCAAAUGGGCAUAUUCUUAUUGUUAAGGUUUAUACAAUGUACAUGUAAAUAGUAAAAUAUUUUUAUGAUUAACAUCAAUGUAUUUUAAUAACAUUGUAUCUAAAGUUAUUGUGAAUUAGCUUGUAACUUUUUUAUGCUUAUUCUAGAAAGAAAAAUCGUCCUGAACAGCUUUGUAAAUGUAAUGGUACUUGUAUAUUAUAUGCAUUCCAGUUACUGAAUGUUGCUGUAAUUUUUUUAACCUGGAAUGUGCUAAGUAAUCUACCUUAUUGUAUAAGAAAAAAAAAAAAAAAUCUUCUGGACCUACCUGAACCACAGAUACUUCUUCUUCCCUUUUGGGUUUUGAAAGUAUAUAUGAACAGACAAAUGCAUGUGCAUCCUAUUUGUUAAUCUUUACAGCGGUUUCUCAGUUUCCACAAGACCUGCAUCCACUCAUAAACUGUAAAACUUAGAGGAACAGAUCUGUCUUUAUUCAGAUAACCUGCCUGUCUCCUGAUAACUGUAGCCUUAGGAAGGAGCUGGCAUAUUCAUAUGUAAGCUGCAUUUCCUGCAAAAAAAAGGAUUAAGAUGCAUCUUCUCCCAGACGCAUCAUUAUUUUUUUGCCUCUGCAAUAAAUUUGUAUGCUAUUGUGGUACAGAAACUUGAUCAGUGAUUUAACAAAAAAGCAGUAAUGGGGGAGAGGUGGGUUUGAGAGCUGAACAUAAAGCUGUCUUUACAAAGGACCAGAGAGAAUUGGUUGGGACUGUGGCACUCCUUAACUGCUGUUUCUCCCACGUUGCUGCUGUUCCCACAGUUGCCAAUGACUGCAGCACAAAAUCGAGGACCUGUCUAUUCUUCCUAAAGGUUGAGUUUCUCAUUUGUCAUUCAUUAUUAUAAAUAUUUUUGGCAGCAUGUUUAUUUCCUAUAAGGUAUUUUAUGUAGAUAGCUGACGUACCUACAUAGCUGUAGGUAUGGGCAGCCUAAUCCCCUCUAGAAAAUAGUUAUAAAGAAAUCAUGGAAUGCACUAAUCCUUUGAAUUGGGUUAGCCAGUGCUGGGAGCGACUGUAAAGUAUUUAAAAUCUAGCCAUUUCAACUGUAAAUAAAGCAAACUUAAGGGGCCUUUUUGAUUUAGCUUCUUAACUGACUUCUAGAAGUGAAUUGCAUUAUGGGUAGAUUAUGCAAAGCUUAAUGCAAGCAUAUAUAAAUACCUAAGAUGUAAUGAUUUUUUUGAAAAGAACUAAUGGAGAAGCUGCAAUGAAGAGGUGCACUAAGAAAAAGCUUUCAUGUACUGACAUUAGACUUUGUUCUGUGUUCACAGGUGUGCUUUAGAGAAUAAAAAGAAUGCUUUUUUUCUGCAGUGGUGAAUUUGUUUUAAUCAAGAUGUAGGCAUAUGCUAAUUUAGUUUCUGUGAGAAGGAAAUAAAAAUAAAAUUUGCAGUA